UAUUUCUUUUGACAAAUUUUCCCAAAUAUUGGUGACCUAAGAAUAGGGGCUGUGCUACCCUGCCGUCCCUCCUCUUCGUCGCCUUUCACCGACUUUCCAUGCGCUGAUUUCCCCCGUUCCAUGGAUCAAGAAGUAAUCGUCGACGCGAAUUUCCCGCUUUUCUCAAAACCCCAUCGGAAAAAGCAUAAACCUUCCGAAAACCCUACCGCCGCCGUCGAGAACAUUGCUCCGAAAAGUUCCCUUCAGAUUGAGAAAUCCACAGAACUUACCACUAAAUCCACCAACAAUGUUACAUUUUCCGACCUGGGAUUGUCUGAAUGGAUCGUCCAGACCUGCAAAGAAUUGGUUAUGAAGAAGCCCACGGCUGUUCAAACCCACUGCAUCCCUAAGAUUCUUGCUGGCCUCGACGUACUUGGUAUUGCUCAAACUGGGAGUGGGAAGACUGCUGCCUUUGCGUUGCCUAUUCUUCAACGACUUUCAGAGACCCCUUUUGGUGUAUUUGCGUUGGUGGUUACUCCCACUAGGGAACUGGCCUAUCAAUUGGCUGAGCAGUUUAGAGCACUUGGUUCCUGCUUGAAUUUGCGAUGCUCUGUGGUUGUGGGAGGAAUGGAUAUGUUGAGCCAGACGCAGAGUUUGUUGAAGAGGCCUCAUAUUGUAAUUGCAACGCCGGGAAGGGUUAAGGUAUUGCUGGAGGAGAAUCCUGAUAUCCCUGUCGUCUUCUCCAAGACUAAGUUCUUAGUUCUGGAUGAAGCAGAUAGAGUAUUAGAUGUUGGCUUUGAAGAAGAAUUGAAAGUAAUCUUCCAAUGCUUGCCACGCAACCGUCAAACUCUAUUAUUCUCUGCAACGAUGACAAAGGAUCUGGAAACACUACUCGAGCUUUCUGCAAACAAGGCGUACUUUUAUGAGGCUUAUGAAGGUUUCAAGACAGUUGAUAUGCUCAAGCAACAAUAUGUAUUUAUACCUAAGGAUGUGAAGGAUCUGUAUUUAUUACAUAUUCUGUCUAAAAUGGAAGACAUGGGUAUUCGAUCAGCAAUCAUAUUUGUCCAAACUUGCAAAAGUUGUCACCUGUUAGGGUUGUUGCUUGAAGCACUUGAUCAGGAGGUGGCGGCAUUGCAUUCAUUUAAGUCACAGUCUGAGAGGCUUGCUGCACUAUAUCGGUUCAAAUCAGGACAAGUUCCUGUGUUGCUUGCAACUGAUGUUGCUAGUCGAGGUUUGGAUAUUCCAACAGUUGAUCUUGUUAUCAACUACGAUAUUCCAAGGUUCCCAAGAGAUUAUGUUCACCGAGUGGGACGUACUGCACGUGCAGGCAGAGGAGGAUUGGCUGUGAGCUUUAUUACCCAGAAUGAUGUGCACCUUAUUCAUGAAAUAGAGGCCAAUCUUGGAAAGCAAUUGGAGAUUUUUGAAUGCAAGGAGAACGAAGUGCUUGAAAAUAUCACCAAGGUUUACAAAGCUAGACAUGUGGCAAAAAUGAAGAUGGUGGAUGAUGGAUUUGAGGAGAAAGUGAAAGAACGAAAGAAACAGAAAUUAAAAACACUGGCAGAGAAAGGAUUAUUGAAGAAACGGAACAAAAGGAGAAGAAAAGAAAAGACUUUUGAGUAAUUGGCAGUUGGUUGUAUGAGAAUCUCAACUACCAUCAUCAAAAUUUUGAUAUUGCUUAACUUUAAUAUAUGUGUAAUUAUUUUCCCAGCGGUUUAGUGUCUUUUGGCUCUUGCCUUAGAAAGAAAAAGUAAUGGUAGAGGGGGUCCUAUGUUUGUGUUUGUAUUUUCUUUUUCUCUUUAAUAUGUUUGUACCAUAGUUUUUUAAAUUUUGAUUACCUAA